AUGUGCGUCACGCUUAUGCUACCGUCUUCGCGCCACUCGAACCGGUCACUGUGGCGUCGAACCUCGUUCUCAACCUUCCUUCGUGCCACCUCUUCGGUGUCCUCGUCGGUGACCUCUUGGCCGUAAGCCCCGCGAACGCUCGUGCCUGUGUUGGGGACAAGCGGGUUGAUUGUGUAGCGGUAGACGUAUCUGACAUCAUUGGUGAGAAGCUCCGAGAAGAAUCUGGGUUUCUGACGAGAAAGCCCAUGGGCAAUGUAAUGUAGAUGGCUGAAGUGAUCGGAGUUGCGCCACCUGAACCGAGUCAACGACGGUCGAGCUUUAUGAUGGCAUGCUUGAGCUGCAGAACUUGACAUCGCCGCGUUUAACGCACCUGGACUAUGGAACGCGAUGAACUCGGUGGGUGCGGGCGGCCAGCAAUCGCCGUACCUGGCCAUGGGCGGCAACGCCGUUCUCUUCUCGUUGAUGACCAUCACCCGGCUCGUCGGCAGCAUCGUCGCCAACCGGUUCGGGUUGAGGGCGACAUUCGUGUUCGGCACCGUCGGCUACGUCGUCUGCUCGGCAGCUCUGUACACCAACAACCGCCACGGCAACGGGUGGUUCGUGUACCUCGGCUCGGCGGCCUGCGGCAUCGCGGCGGGGCUUUUCUGGGCCGCGGACGGGGCGGACAUGCUCAGCUACCCCGAGCCGGAGGACCGGGGCAAGUACUUGGCCUACUGGCUCUGCGACCGAAACAGCGGCGGCAUCCUGGGCGGCAUCGCCAAUCUCGCCUUCAAAUACCAGGGCCGGCCGGCGUACGGGAAAGCUCUAUUGGAGGACGUACAUCGUCUUCGUUGUGCUGCGUAGGUCCGGGCCCGAGCUUCCGUCCCAACCAACUUUGUCGAUCCCGUCAAUGACAAACGGUCCCUCCUCCCCUCCUCCCCCCGUCCGAGACAACAUGAGACGGUGCUAAACUAACCUAACUUUGAUCAAGAAUGUCUCGGGCCGCUUGUUGCUCUGCUCCUUUCCCCGCCGGAAAAGGUCGUCCGCCGGAACGGCACCCGCGUCCAGAUCGUCGAGCGCAUCUCUGACUCGGCUGAACUUAGAUAACUAGGAUAUCUCAUGCUCCGCAAGGAGUUCCUCCUGGUGUAAGUCCCGUUUGGGCUGGGCGUGUCGCUGAUAACCAAGAGCCU